UUGAAAUUUUCUCGUUUGAACAUCUGGUUCGUUAGUCAAUGACUAUCGUGUUGGAAGUUCCCUUGACACUUGACGUAUACGUUAUUGAACGGUGUGAAGAAUUUUUGUUGAAUAAAAAUGGUGUAAGCGGGAUUCAGAAAUAAAGAUGAGCAGGAUUGGGAAGACUACCUAUCCAGGAGGCGGCCUCUACGUGAUAGAGGGCGAGGUCGGCCUCCUGGUGACUGCGAUGCGACGUGGUGCCCGGUGGUCAUCGCACUCCCAUCAGGAUGAAGAUCAAGAUGCAUUAAUGAAAGGAUUGUUUUCCUUGAAAGAAGUACUGAACGAUGCCAAGGACUUAUCACAACUGGAGCCAGGAGUAUUCUUGGCUCCAUUCUUAGAAGUCAUUCGUUCAGAGGAGACAACAGGACCUGUCACAAGCAUUGCAUUAUCUGCUGUACACAAAUUUAUUUCGUAUGGCCUUAUUGAUUCUGAACAUUCAGCUAUUGCUCCAUGCGUGGAAACUGUAGCUGAUGCAGUUACGCAUGCAAGAUUUGUUGGAACAGAUGCAUCAGGAGAUAGUGUUGUUCUUAUGCGUAUUCUGCAGGUGUUACGAUCCUUGAUGAUGUCACCAGCUGGUAAUCAUUUGACCAAUGAAAGCAUAUGUGAGAUCAUGUUGAGUUGUUUCAGAAUAUGCUAUGAAACACGGUUAAGUGAAUUGCUCAGGAAGACAGCAGAACACUGCUUGAAGGAUAUGGUGCAUCAUCUUUUUAGACGAUUACCUGAAUUUGCAGAAGAUACAAGAGCUCUAUUAAAUAUGAAGAAAAUGAGAACAAACAGUAUGGAGAAUACUCAUACGAAAGCCAGGAAAAGUAAGAGUCAUAGCAAACAAAAAUCAAAAUUUAAUCCAGAGGAAGCUGAGGAAUCUACCGAGUCUCAUCUGAAUCCUGCACAAAGGGAAAAGGGAGACUUGCCGACAACUCGUGUUACUUCUACAGAAAAUAUUGUGGAUAUGCAAGGUUCUCUCGACCGUAGUGCCACCGAAAAAGUAGAAGAUGAAAAAUCCGAUAAACGUAACAUAGAUAAAAAUGAAAUUACAACAGAGAGUGAUAAGGAGAAUGAAAAUACAGAUUCUACAAACAAGGGAAAACACGACACUAAAAAUGAAGAAAAUGAAAUAAAAAAGAAUGAAAUUAACCAGUCUAUUACUUCCGAAAAGAACAACGAAUCACAAGACGAAAGCAAAGAGGAAAAGGAAAAGGAGUCUGUUCAAAUAAAGGAAUCAUUUGAUGAAGUAAAGUCUGAAUCUUCUCCAGACCAAAUUGUAACGGAAAAUCAAGGAAAUUUAACAGUGGAAGAUGAGAAAUCUAUAGAUCUAGUUCAAUCGGCCGUGGGAAGUGUAGAGGAUUUAUCAAUUGACGAUAAUGCGAGUACAAAUAAUACGAAUAUAACAAAUGUUAAGACAGAAAUUGAACAACCAGAAGAAUAUGUGAAUACGCAAGGAGUGAGGUUUAUGCCGCUUCAAGAACUGGCACCAUAUGGUUCUCUUUGCGUUCGAGAACUUUUUUGGUACCUAAUUUCCCUGUGCAGUCCACUGGACAAGCAGAACACUGAAAUUAUGACUCAUCUUGGUCUCAGUUUACUUCAAGUAGCUUUGGAAGUGUCAGUGGAUGCUCUUUCCAACUUUUCAUCACUUUUAUCGUUACUCAAGGAUGACCUCUGCAGAAAUUUAAUUUUGCUUCUUGGAACAGACAGAGUAUCGAUCCUUGCGGCUGAUCUUCAAGUCGCAUUCUUACUCUUUGAAUCACAAAGACAACAUCUUAAAUUUCAAAUGGAACAUUAUAUAACUAAAUUAAUGGAACUAGUAAAUUCGGAUUCUAACAGGAUAUCAUACGAGCAACGAGAAUUGGCGCUAGAGGCCCUCGUGAGAUUGUGGAGAAUUCCGGGAUUACCAGCUGAGUUGUAUUUAAAUUACGACUGUGGAUUAUAUUCGACGAAUCUUUACGAAGAUCUCACAAAACUACUGACUAAAAAUGCUUCGGCGUUAACAGGUGGCAUGCAUAGUAUGCAAUUAAUUUCUUUGGAUGCGCUGCUAAUGUUGAUCGUCGGCAUCGAAUCAAGAUGUAAAGGAUAUAAGGAUAUGUGUAAAGUUUCUCGCCAUACACCAUCAGAGAAUUUACCAGAUCGGGAAGAGCUGCUUACGACCAAAGCCAACAAACGUUGGUUGGCUCUGGGGACGGAAAAAUUUAACGAAAGCCCACGUGAAGGUAUCGCUAGGUUGACGGAACGAGGUUUGCUAGGUGGAAGUGCAGGUCAUCCUGAUCCUGAAAAGAUAGCAAAAUUCUUACGGGAAAAUCCUGGACUUGAUAAAAAAGCCAUCGGAGAGUAUAUUAGCAAGAAAGAGAAUAAAACUAUUUUGAAUUGUUUCGUUCAUAAUUUUGAUCUUCAUCAGACACGCAUAGAUCAAGCUUUACGACUUUAUCUUGAAUCCUUUCGACUACCUGGCGAGGCUCCACUUAUAUCUCUUCUUUUGGAAAAAUUCGCAGAGCAUUGGCACGAUAGUAAUGGUAAACCAUUUGCGUCGGCCGACGCGGCAUUUACGUUAGCUUAUGCCGUUAUUAUGUUAAAUGUCGAUCAGCAUAAUCACAAUGUAAAAAGGCAAAACAAUCCUAUGACGCCUGAGCAAUUUAAACGAAAUUUAAAAAAAGUUAAUGGUGGUGCUGAUUUCGAUCAAGAUAUGCUGGAUGAAAUUUAUUCGUCUAUCAAGAGCGAAGAAAUUGUAAUGCCAGCUGAGCAAACGGGUUUAGUAAAGGAAAAUUAUCUUUGGAAAGUUCUUCUACGUAGAGGCGCGGGACCGAAUAGUGUAUAUUUAAAAGUUGGCGGUGCCGGAGAACUCGUUGACAAAGAAUUGGCUGAAAGAGCUUGGGCUCCAAUCGUAAGUGCUCUAUGUAGAGCUUACGAUAAGGCACCGGAUAGAUCUUUACAACGUAAAGUAGCUCAAACAUUCCUCAGUUGUGCUGCCAUUAGCGCUCAUUACGGGAUGAGCAGUGAUUUGGAUACUUUAGUCGUAAGUCUCUGUAAAUUUACCGGAUUGGCCAUGGGCGGUGAACCAGAGCAAGUCGUUUUACAUUUGGGUGGAAGCGGCAGGUGCCAAUUAGCUGCACGGACGUUGUUCAAAAUUACCCAUUUGCACGGGGAUGCUCUCAGAGCUUCCUGGAAAAACGUUGUGGACUGCCUGCAAACAUUGUAUAAGGCGAGAUUGUUACCAAAGAGCCUUACCGAAGGUGAAGAUUUCCUUGACCCAUCAGGGAAGGUUUCACUCGUUCGGGAGCCAACGUCACCAAAGAGUCCACCUGUUGAACAAGGGAUUCUGUCCAGUCUUUAUUCUUAUAUUGCAUUGGAUGCACCUCGACCUCCACAUCCAGCUGAAGCAACCACUAGAAAAAGAGCUACAGAGUGCAUCGCCAACUGUUAUUUGAAACAGAUUAUAGAGGAGAGUAAAUUCCUUCAGGCGGAAUCUCUGCGUUCUUUGGUAGGAGCUUUGGUAUCUGCAAACUAUCAAGAUGAGGAUUUAUCUGUCUUUUUAUUAGAACUAUUAUUAGGAGUUACUAUUCAAAAUCGUGAUAGGGUAACUUGUAUAUGGCCGGUAGUGCAAGGUCAUUUAGAGGGGUUGUUGACAGUUGCAGCCCGAGAGAAUCAUCCUUAUCUUCUUGAAAGAGUAGCAGUGGGAAUACUGAGACUCGCAAUAAGACUACUGCGCGGUGAAGAGCUGGCAGGGACUGUUUUGCCGCCAUUAACUCCAUUAAUUCACUUACCAUCAGCAACUACUAUUCCUUUAGUCCGACAAAUAGCUUAUGGAUUGUUUGAAUUACUCAAAACUGGAGCAGCAAACAUUCACAGUACGGAGGAUUGGAAAGUAAUAUUCAGUCUCCUCGAAUGUGCAGGAGCUGGUGCUUUAUUGCCAAAACAGUCUAACUCUACCUUGGACGAAGUUCCAAGCAGAACGUCUGUUCUUGAUCCGAGACCUAUAAGUCCAGUUCCAGAGUGGGUUUUGGCAUCUCCUACAGGAACAGAAGCCCCACUUCCUGUAACAGCGGAUACAAUAGUUCUUGAUUGCGACCUGCAACCUCAUGAUCCGGUUGCGUUGGUAAAAUGUUGCGAGAGUCUGACCUUCCUCGUAAGAGACGUAGCUCAUGUUACUCCGUACAACUUUGAACUAUGUGUUCGUUGUGUCAGAACAUUCGCGGAAGCUGUUUUACAAGGUACAGGGAAACGAAAUAGAGUUCAUAUUUCUUCGGAGGAACCAGCUGGAUAUCAACAAAGUCCAAUACAGUUACUGGAUUUAAUGCAUACACUUCACACAAGAACAGCUCAGGUUUUUAAAUGGUGGGCCGAAGAGGAUGGCACCACUGAAGUUUCCCUAUGGCCUCAAGCAUGGCGACCCUUGCUUCAGGGUAUUGCACGCCUCUGUUGUGAUGCUCGUAGACCUGUGCGGGCUUCCGCAAUAACGUAUCUUCAGAGUACGCUUUUGGCUCACGAUCAGGCCCAAUUAUCAGCCGUAGAAUGGUCACAAUGUUUCGAACAGGUUUUAUUUCCUUUAUUAGCUCAAUUGUUAGGACCAAUUGCUGUAAAUGAUCCUAUCGGAGUAGAAGAAACCAGAGUCAGGGCAGCGAUGUUGUUGUCCAAGGUUUUCUUGCAUCAUUUAACACCACUCUUAACACUUCCUGGAUUUUUACCCCUGUGGCUUACUGUACUAGAUCUUCUCAGAGCGUACAUGCAUGCUGAAAACAGUGAAUUAUUAUACGAGGCAAUUCCCGAGUCUCUGAAAAACAUGCUAUUAGUCAUGGCGUCUGCUGGAGUCUUGGCUUCCACUUCCAAUCUUUGGGCACCCACUUGGAGAACCAUUGAUGGGUUUUUACCUAAACUUAAAUCUGAACUCUUUCCAGAACCAGUUACGCAACCUUCGCAGCCUCCUGUUUCUCCACAAUUGUCACACUUACCUCAAACAGCUCAAUCUCCUCAAUUAGAUCAUUCAUCCCCACAGUCCCAAUCUGCUCAACCAGCUCAACCUUCUCAUCUUUCUCAAACACCGCAGCCUCAACCAGUAAUCAGUCUUAUCGGUCAACAACAACCCUCAUUUCCCAAGGCUAUAGCCCCUCAGCCUGAAAAUUCUUCACCGAUACCAAUUCCAAGGGAUUCACAUACAAGUAAUUCCUUGCCUUCGAGUCCAUUACAAACAGGAAGUCCUUUAUUGAAUAGCGUUCCAGUAUCAAUGCCAUUGCCAUCUUUAGUAUUUGAAAGUAAAGAGCCUCAGCAAGUUAUCACAUUAGUGAGUCAACCGUCGUUGAAUGUGUCGAGUCCAGUUGCAAUUCAACCUGCAGCUCAAGAAAUCUUUGAUUUUCAUCACAAACUUUCUCGGAUUAGUCGAUCUACAGAUCAGCAGAAUCAGAAUGAUUUGGAGAGAACACAGUCUACCCAGAUCCAAAAUCCAUCUUCGCAAGUCUCUCAAGAGCAACACUUGCAUUUGUUACAGCAAACUUCCCAAUUUGCGUAUCUUGCAACGACUGGACCUAAUCAUUCAUUUGAGGUACAAACACCAGACAAUUCUUCAGCAACAAUGUUCAAUUCAGCAGCGUAUUUCGGCGAGGACUCUGCAGCGGAUCGACUUUUUGUCGUAACCGAUCCUUGACUACUGUACAUUCAUUAUGUAUAUUGUAUCAUAUAACUUUAUUAUUAAGGCAAAAAUCAUAUCCUUUACAGGAGAAAUUUCCAAGUAUGAAAGAUUAUGCGAGGAAUAGGCACGUUGUUGUAUCUUUGGCUUGUAUAUUUGGCACGACGAUAUAUAAUAAUUAUAAUAAUAAUAACAACAACAAUAUAAUACUAUCAAUGAAAUAGUAUGAUUCUUUCGUAUGUAUAUAUAAUAUGUCUCUUUGUCAUGGCACUUGAUGAAUAUACAAGGUGUCUAAUUGAAAA